GAGAGAGACACGAUGCGGCUAAAGCGAUUCCUUCUCAGGUAUUUCCCUCCAGGAAUUAUUUUAGAGUAUGAAAAAGGAGGAGAACUGAAAACCAAGGCUAUUGAUUUACUGGAACUCUCCCCUACGACAGAUGUGGAUUUGGUAGUAGAAGAAAUCCAGAAAGCUGAGCCACUUAUCACUGCCUCCCGCACCCAACAAGUAAAACAGCUCAUCCUGAGGCUGCAAGAAAAGAUUGGUCAACAAGAUAGCCGCCAGUUCUACCUAUUCAAGGUUCUACGAGCUCACAUCUUACCGCUCACAAAUGUGGCUUUUAAUAAGUCUGGCUCAAGUUUCAUCACAGGGAGCUAUGACCGGACAUGCAAAGUAUGGGACACUGCGUCGGGAGAAGAACUACAUACAUUAGAGGGCCAUCGCAAUGUGGUCUAUGCCAUACAGUUUAAUAACCCCUAUGGAGAUAAAAUUGCUACUGGAUCCUUUGAUAAAACAUGCAAGUUGUGGAGCGCGGAGACAGGAAAAUGUUAUCAUACUUUUCGAGGACACACUGCAGAAAUUGUUUGCUUGGCUUUCAAUCCUCAAAGCACCCUUAUAGCAACUGGCAGCAUGGACACCACUGCCAAGCUUUGGGACAUUCAGAGUGGAGAGGAAGCCCUGACUUUAAGUGGACAUGCUGCAGAAAUUAUCUCAUUAUCAUUUAAUACAACAGGAGACCGGCUGAUCACAGGCUCCUUUGAUCACACAGUGUCUGUCUGGGAGAUUCCUUCUGGCAGGAGGAAUCACACACUCAUUGGUCAUCGGGGUGAGAUCAGCAGCGCACAGUUCAACUGGGACUGCUCCCUGAUUGCAACUGCCUCUAUGGAUAAAUCUUGCAAGCUUUGGGAUUCUCUAAAUGGUAAAUGUGUUGCUACCCUGACUGGGCACGAGGAUGAGGUACUGGAUGUCACGUUUGAUUCAACUGGGCAGUUGGUAGCCACUGCCUCAGCAGAUGGAACUGCCAGAGUUUACAGUGCAUCUAGCAGGAAAUGCCUGGCAAAGCUUGAGGGACAUGAAGGAGAGAUUUCUAAGAUUUGCUUUAAUGCUCAGGGGAAUCGCAUAUUAACGGCUAGCUCUGAUAAGACCUCGCGGCUCUGGAACCCACACACAGGGGAAUGCCUCCAGGUUCUCAAGGGACACACUGAUGAAAUCUUCUCAUGUGCCUUUAACUAUGAAGGCAACACUAUCAUUACAGGGAGCAAGGACAACACUUGCAGAAUAUGGCGUUAAAAUGGAUCCCUCUUACAAAGAAAGUCUCUAAGGAGUCGGAACAGCCAAAAUGCAAUGGACAUAAGCAACAUGCAAUCCCUCAAAUUCCUUAUAUGAAGUCAUAAUAUGAGCAAAAUCAUUUCAGUCAUUUGUAAAUUGCACCCAGGACUGCUGACAGUGUGUUUGUUUUCUUUGUUUCCAUUUUUAUGUAGAUGUAAUAAGCUUUUUAAUAAAAACAAAUAGGAAAGUUGGAA